ACAUUGCCAAUUCACUUGAAAAAGUCGCAAUCAUGCCGUUCACCAAGCUCGUCAAGAAUAGCGCCUACUUCUCCCGUUACCAGGUGAAGUACGCUCGUCGCCGCGCCGGAAAGACCGACUACUACGCCCGCAAGCGCCUCAUCACCCAGGCCAAGAACAAGUACAAUGCGCCAAAGUACCGCCUGGUCGUCCGCUUCACCAACAAGGACAUCAUCUGCCAGAUCGUCACCUCUGAGCUCACCGGAGACAAGGUCUUCUCCGCUGCGUACGCGCACGAGCUGAAGGCAUACGGCAUCACCCACGGUCUCACCAACUGGGCCGCUGCCUACUGCACCGGUCUGCUCCUUGCCCGCCGCACGCUCGCCAAGCUCAAGCUCGACGAGACCUUCGAGGGUGUGGAGGAGGCUGACGGCGAAUUCACCAUCACCGAGCCCGCCGAUGUCGAUGGCGAGACCCGCCGCCCAUUCAAGGCCUUCCUCGAUGUUGGUCUUGCCCGCACUAGCACCGGUGCCCGCGUUUUCGGUGCGAUGAAGGGUGCCUCCGACGGUGGCCUCUACAUCCCUCACUCCGAGAAGCGCUUCCCCGGUUUCGACAUUGAGACCAAGGAGCUCGACGCCGAGACCCUCCGCAAGUACAUCUUCGGCGGUCACGUCGCUGAGUACAUGGAGACCCUCGCCGACGACGACGAGGAGCGCUACAAGUCCCAGUUCAACGGAUACAUCGACGAUGAGAUUGAGGCCGAUGGUCUCGAGGAGCUCUACCAGGAUGCGCACAAGCAGAUCCGCGAGGACCCAUUCAAGAAGGCGGAGGGCGAGGGCGAGAAGAAGACGAAGGAGCAGUGGAAGGCUGAGUCUCUGAAGUACAAGCAGAAGAAGCUCACACACGCCCAGAGGCAAGAGCGUGUGCAAGAGAAGAUCAAGGCUCUUACCAGCUAGAUGUGGAUACUUCAUACUCGAGCUUAGCGAUCUCUGUGUCGACAACGCUCCCACCACUGUUUCAGCGAUGGGCGUUCUUGGCAUGAUUAAGGAAAAUCAAUCGAGGAUAGCAUGUCGAGGGACAAUGAGAUAUGCAGAAAUACGAUCAAACGUCACUUGUCACUUGUCACA